UGCAAAAUGGUGGUAUUCUUCUUUCCACAAUGUCACUGCAAUGGUUGGAGCUGGUGUUCUUGGCCUCCCCUAUUCCAUGGCAGCUCUUGGAUGGGGUCCAGGUUUGACUAUACUUAUCUUAUCAUGGAUCAUCACUCUGUAUACAUUGUGGCAAAUGGUUGAGAUGCAUGAAAUGGUUCCUGGAAAACGUUUUGAUAGGUACCAUGAACUGGGACAACACGCGUUUGGCGAAAAGUUAGGCCUUUAUAUUGUGGUGCCUCAACAACUUGUAGUAGAAGUUGGGGUGAACAUUGUUUACAUGGUCACCGGAGGUGCAUCACUGCGAAAGUUCCACAAUACAGUGUGUCCAAGUUGCAAAAAUAUCAAAUUGACAUAUUUCAUUAUGAUCUUUGCCUCUGCUCAAUUUGUAUUGUGUCAUCUACCAAACUUGAACUCCAUUUCUGGUGUAUCUUUGGUGGCAGCAGUCAUGUCCAUUUGUUACUCUACUAUUGCUUGGACUGCCGGUGCACACAAGGGAGUAAUAGAAAAUGUACAAUAUAGUAGAAACGCUACGACGGCCGCAGAAUCAGUCUUUAAUUUCUUUAAUGCACUUGGCUCUAUCGCGUUUGCCUAUGCCGGACACAAUGUGGUACUGGAGAUCCAAGCAACAAUUCCGUCUACACCUGAGAAACCAUCUAAGGGUCCAAUGUGGAGAGGUGUUGUUGUUGCCUACAUUGUUGUUGCUGUGUGCUACUUUCCUGUUGCUAUAAUUGGUUAUUGGAUGUUUGGCAAUCAAGUUAAGGAUAAUGUCCUCAUCUCUUUGGAAAAACCUGCUUGGCUCAUUGCAAUAUCUAACCUAUUUGUUGUUUUACAUGUAAUUGGAAGCUAUCAGAUUUUUGCAAUGCCAGUGUUUGACAUGAUUGAAAGUUUUUUGGUGAAGAAAAUGAAUUUCAAACCAAGUGCCAUCCUACGCUUUGUUGUGCGUAACAUAUACGUGGCAUUCACAAUGUUCAUUGCUAUUACCAUUCCCUUUUUUGGUGGCCUAUUAGGAUUUUUUGGAGGAUUUGCUUUUGCUCCAACAACAUAUUUUCUUCCAUGUAUCAUGUGGCUAACACUCAAGAAACCAAAGAGAUUCAGCUUGUCUUGGUGGACUAAUUGGAUAUGUAUUGUUCUUGGCUUAUGCAUAAUGAUUUUAGCACCCAUUGGAGCAUUGAGGAAUAUUAUACUUGAAGCCAAGACCUGA